CGAUUCAAAUCACAUCACUUCUGUAACAUGCUCAAGGGAGGUGCUGCCAUGUUUUCAAAUUCCGCAUUGUUAGUGGGGUGGUGCCGCCAUCCACGUAGGCGGCUCCGGAGGCGGAGGGGAAGCACCAUACGGCUAGGGAAUAAGCGACGAGGAUUCUGUUUAGGGUCAAGGCCAGUGGUUCAAUGGGGAGUCGUGGUGGCUCCUCUUCGGAUGCUAAAGAAGAUUAUCAUGGAUUUGGCACCUAAUGGUCAAUUUGUAGAGGCUUAUUACCGCUCUUUACCAUUUUUACGUCCUCAGAUAUUUCCUCUUUGUUGAUUGCUAACGUUAUCACUAUCUUUUGGUUUUUUUCAUUUCAGAAAAUUCUUAACUAUUAUGGUAUUAUUAUACUUAGCUGUUGGAUGAGUUACACGUCACUAAUAUUAAUUUUAUAUUUUAUAAUUUUUAUAAUUAUUUUAUAUAUGUAAUUCAUCCAAUAGUAAGGUGUAUUAUAUCUAUGAUAGCUAAGAAAUACUUUUUGAUUGUUUUUUAAAUUGUAAAAAUAUAUAAGGGUAAUAUCAACCCUUAUAAAUUGGAAAAGCAAACUGCUGCUUCCUACUUGUAGCAUAAAUCAGUAAAAUUCAAAAAACUGCAAUUCAUUAUCAUAGGUGUACAAGUGUGUCAAUUUUGGACCAUAAGGAAUUAAAAUCCUUUGUCA